CUUUGCUUUUCCACACAGCAUCACGCUACUUCCAUUUUCUUUUCAGAUAACAAUCACUCCAUGGCGCCAACAAUUGAAAAGGUUAGUAACCAUGUUCCCGAAGAUAUCAUCUUCUCUAUUUUCUCUAAACUACCUUUAAAAUCUGUUCAUCGUUUUACCUGUGUGCGUAAAUCUUUGACUCUUUUAUUUCAAAACCCUAUUUUCAUGAAUAUGUUUGGCAAAAACAUGGUUUCCAAAUAUCAUUCACUACACGAUGAUGAAGCUAUUCUCCUUCUAAACCAUUUUGAUAACAUCCACCGUCAAUGCAAGUUGUAUCUUCUAUCUGAUGAGAAAUUUGAAAGCAAAGCGCAACUGAACUGGCCAUGUCCUUUCAGCCCAAACUAUGGUCCUUCUAAUCCUCAUAUUGUAGGUUCUGCUAUUAAUGGUAUUCUUUGUAUAUGUGAUACAGAAUACUCUUACAGGAUUGUGUUAUGGAAUCCCGCUACUGAUGAGUUAACUAGGGUUCCUCAGAGUAGGGCUGGAUUGUAUCAUGAGUAUGAAACUCAUUUUGUUAUUCAUGGAUUUGGUUAUGAUCAUGUUAAAGAUGACUAUAAAAUCAUUCAACGUAUUGUUUAUAUCGGAGGCUUAGAAGAUUAUUGGCAAUCAGUGCCAUCGGGUCCUUUUUGGGAGUUAUAUAGUUUUAGAAACAACUCAUGGAAGAAAAUUAAUGUCGACAUGCGACAACGCUACCUAAUGAGUGAUGAAGGUGUUGAAGUAUACUUGAAUGGAGUGUGCUAUUGGUGGGGGAAGACAGAUCAUGAAACAUAUGUUGUGUCGUUUAACUUGACCAAUGAGAUGCAUACUACCACUCUCUUUCCCUUUAAUUUGGAUGAUUUUAAAAGGGUUGAUAGGCAUUUGGCUGUGUUGAAUGGGCAUGUUGCUAUGAUCUUGAGCUAUGUUAAGAAAACUUCACCUUCUUUUAACAUAUCAAUAUCAGUUUUGGGUGAGGCUGGUGUUGCGGAAUCGUGGACUAAACUCUUUGAAGUUAGACCAUUGUCUUGUAUCGAGCAUCCUAUUGGAUCGGGCAAGAAGGGUAAUGUGUUUUUCAGAAAAGAUGAUGAUGAACUAGCUUGUCUUGAUUUAUCUACCGGAGUUGUUGAGAACAUUGGUAUUAAAGCAAAAAGAUAUUAUUCUCAGGUGGUUGUUUAUAAGAAAAACUUUCUUUCGGUGGGAGGAAUGAUCAAUUAG